AUGGGCCUGCAGGUAUUCGUAUACUCAUUGUUGGCAGGACUCACUCCAUUGGUGUCAGCAUCAUUGCCACUGUUUCUAUUUAGGAAUGGUAUCAAUGCAAGAUACUAUCAACUGUUGUUGGCAAUGUCUGCUGGUAUCUUGUUUGCUGUGGCAACAUUAGAGCUGUUACCAGAGGCAAUGGAGAUGUCUACUAUUACAACAACAAACAACAAUAUAAUCAAGAUUGAUAAUGAUAGAUUGAAUAACAAUACAAUGUUAACAACAAACUUGACAAUGACAACUACGACUACAAUGGCUACUACUACUGGACAUAGUGGACAUGAUGAAGAUGAAGAUGAACAUGGUAGUGGUGCACGAAUACCAAUGUAUGGACUGGCACUUGGCUUCAUCAUGCUGAUUGGUAUCGAGCUACUCAUGAGCUCGGCAGGCCACUCUCAUUCACACUCGCAUUCAGUCGACAGCAGUAGCAACAACAACGCCAAUGACGGCGACAAUCACGAUGAUCACUCAAUAGAGAUGGAGGAAAGAGACAAGAAGGAUGAGACACACGAGCCAGAUACUCAUGAACAUUUGGAUGAAGAGGAGGGCGGUCGUCACUCACUGAUAUCAAACAAUGGCGAACAAAGGAGCAGUCUUGGUGGUGGCCAGCCGCCUGUUGUUGUACAACAAGCAUCAAAGCUAUCGAUGACUGCAUUCGUGGCACUAUCUGUACACUCACUUGUCGAUGGCAUGGUGAUCUCUGGCGCCUUUGCCGCAAACUCUGACGUUGGCGCUCGUGUAGCAAUGGCCAUUGUCAUCCAUAAGUUGCCUGAUGGCUUUGUAAUGAGUUCAAUUGUAUUGUCUCAAAGGAAGUUAUUAGGCUUUCAUCCAUUCCUCUACUUCUUGCUGAUAUCUUGUAUGACUCCACUGGGGUCGUUCAUUGCAUCGAUCAUUCUGGGCGGUAUUAAUCCAUCGACGGUGUCAUUCAUACUUGGCUUUGGCGCUGGCACAUUCCUGUAUAUAACGACCACUGGUAUCCUACCAGAGAUACUACAUGCCAAGCGAGCAAACAAGCCCAUGAACAUUGGCGCCAUCUGUCUAGGCUAUCUUACAUUCAUUGUAAUCGAUUCACUGGUACACGUCCAUUAA